AGAGAGUCAGUGCUGCAUACAAUGUAUUCUGUCCCUGGACUGUCUCCUUAGUCAAGCCUUAAAUCUUUAAAUCAGCUGUGUAAGUCAUUUCCCAUAAAUUCAAUAGAGUAAAACAAUACUAGCGGAUGUUUACGCAUAAGAGGAGAGCGGUGGAAACUUAAGCAUACAGGGUGCGGCUCCAACAAUGCAGUAAUGUACCGACGGUGUGUGGGAGGGCAAAGGCAGGCAGGUAAAAACACUCAGGAGCUUCCUCAUUGUGGAGCAGGAAGGCAUUCAUCCCCGUGUGUGAGCUGUGAGUCUUCCACUUGUGGACCAUGUUCUCCUCUGCGACCCCCUACAAGAACCAGCACUACGCUGAGCUAAAGAAGGACUGUAUCAAGAGUAAGAAACUCUUUGAGGAUCCAGAGUUCCCGUCCAUAGAUGCGUCACUUUAUUUUCGGAAACCACCACCUGGUAGGGUGCAAUGGAAACGUCCAGGGGAGAUCAGCAAUGAUCCUCACCUGUUUGUGGAGGGUGUCAGCGCCCAUGACUUGAACCAGGGCUCAGUGGGGAACUGCUGGUUUGUGGCCGCCUGCUCGUGUCUGGCACUGAAGCCAAACCUCUGGAAGAAGGUAAUUCCAGACUGGAAGGAGCAGGAGUGGGACUCUAAACACCCGGAGAACUAUGCCGGAAUCUUUCACUUUCAGUUUUGGGUGUUUGGAGAGUGGAUGGAUGUGGUGGUGGAUGACCGGCUUCCUACAAUCAACGGAGAGCUCAUCUACUGUCACUCCAAAGACAACAAUGAAUACUGGAGCGCUCUGCUUGAAAAAGCAUACGCAAAGCUCUCUGGCUGCUAUGAGUCUCUGGAGGGGGGCAACACUGGAGACGCUGUGGUGGACUUCAGUGGAGCUGUGGCCGAGGCCAUCAAUCUGGAAGCAGAGGCUUACUAUAAGGACCAGGAGAAUCUAGACCAUCUCUUUGCAGAUCUCCUCAAAGUUUACGACCGUGGUGGAAUCAUAAGUUGCUCCAUUAAGGCACAACCUCACGAACUUGAGCUCAAGCUGGCCAACGGGCUGGUGAAAGGUCACGCCUACUCGGUGACCGCGGUGAACAGGGUGCGUCUGGGUCACGGGCUGGUGGCCUACUUCAAGAACGAAACCAUCCCCAUGAUCCGCAUGAGGAAUCCCUGGGGCAAGACUGAGUGGAAUGGAGCCUGGAGUGACAGCUCUGAGGAAUGGUCAAAGGUUGGUGACACAGAAAGGGGCAACCUCGGCAUCACAGUGGAGGACAACGGAGAGUUCUGGAUGUCUUUCACAGACUGGUGCAAGCACUUUACAGAUGCCGACGUGUGCCGUCUCAUCAAUACGUCGCUGAUCAGCAUCCACAAGACCUGGCAUGAGGUCGUCCACUUUGGGAGCUGGACCAAGCAAGCGGAGCCUCUUUUAAACCGCUGUGGUGGCUGUGCUAACCACAAGUCCACCUUCUUGCAGAACCCACAGUACAUGUUUGAUGUCACAAAGGAAGCCGACGAAGUCCUCAUCUCCUUACAACAAAGAGAUAUGAAAAUCCACAGGAAAUUUGGUCAAGGGGAAAAUCUAACAAUCGGCUUCAGCAUCUUCAAGGUGGAACUGAACAGAAAAUACAGGAUGCAUGACAUCCUGACCCAGAAUUGCGUGGCGACGUCGACCUACAUCAACGCCCGCACGGUCUUCAUGAGGUGCAUGCUGCAGCAGGGCCGCUACGUCAUCCUCCCAACCACCUUCAAGCCUUACAUUCUGGGCGACUACAUGCUCCGACUCUUCACAGACCUGGACUCAGGCUGCAGGGAGCUGAGCGAGGAUAAGCCGAGGGUGAGAUGCUGGAGUUCCUUUCUGGGAUACCCACAAGUGGUGACCCACAUCUACGUGCAUGCUGCUGAGGGUCUGCAGAACCAGGACAGUACAGGGGGCGCAGACCCAUAUGUGAUCAUAAACUGUGAGGGAAACUCAGUAAAAUCUACAAUACAGAAGGACACUUUGACACCAGAGUUUGGAACUAGUGGAAUUUUCUACAGGAAGAAGCCCAGGAAGCCUUUAACUGUACAGAUCUGGAACAGUAAUGCGAUGCAGGACCAGUUCAUGGGCCAAGUGGUGCUUUCCGGUUCUGCGAAAGACACCAUCGAUCCUCAGAGGCUUCAGCUGAGGAAGCAAGGCCGCAACAUGGCCGAUGAGAUGCCCGGAAGCGUUAAUUUGAGAAUAAUCACGUCCACUCAGCUCACCGCCAUUUGAGGCUCGAACCCCGACUGCAGGAGUUCAAGCGGAACUGUGAAACUAUGAUGACGACUUGCCAUUAAGGUCUUCGCUUUCUAUGAUUUGCAUAUUUGUAAAGCAAGACCAUGCAGGACAGUGUGAUUGUCAAUUUUUUUAACCUUUUUUAAAAAAAAAUCUUUUUAUGAGUAACUUAUACAUUCUAUAAUGACCGUUUCCACAUAAGAUCAUCUGUAAGGCUCAUAAUGAUUUGUUCAUUUUAUUAGUCAUCGUCAUAUACACUUAACUACUUGUUUAAACUUUUUUUUUUUUUUAUUAUUAUUAUUCAUUUGACAAGUUUUGAACAUGGUACUGCACUGCAUCAUACUGAGAGGUGUUUCUAAUACCUUAUAAGGGGGAAAUAUUAGAAACAGCUCCAAAUAUGAUGCAUAAAUACAGGCUUAAUAUGUGACUGCCUAUCACAACUGAGUAUUAUCUUUGUUCAUAAAGCUCUUGUAUUGGAUCUGUAUUGGUGUUGUGCAGGCGUACCUAAUGAACUGUCCGCUGAGUGUAUAUCCUGCAAACAAAAUAUCAAAAACAGAAUUAAUACAUCACCUAGUUCCAUAAUGCAGCUUCCAUUCCUCACUUUUCCCAAUUUAAAUAUGCAUCUUCUGCAGUUAGGGUUGCAAAAUUCCACACGUUUUCAAAGUUGGACACUUUCCAUGAUGAAUUGAUCGAAUAAACCAGCAAUUUCCAAAUUUGAAGUUGGCUCUCAAUAGGGAAAUAUAGUUGGGGAAGAUAUAUUUUAGAAUACUCUUGAAUAAAACAACCAGAUUUCAUGCAGGUAGUGUGGAGUCCCCUAAGUUUUUAGAGUAACCUUUUGGUCAGUUUUUGCUUUGUGUUACAAGCCAAAAUGUGCAUGUGUGCAAGGAGAGCUAUGACAAAACAAAAUUUUUAUAUUUUGCGUGAACAUGCUAGCUUUCCAUUAAACUCCUGGGGUUAAAGGUGGUUUGCUUUUUAAUAUUAUAAAUAACCCACCACACCCAAGGAAGAACAACCUGUUAGAGACAGAAGGAAUGACCAAUGAGGCGUGGUUAAAGAACUGCAGCUACAUUCAAAUCUUGCUAGCGUUUUUAAAUCUGCAAACUCCUCCUUUAUCUUCCCAUGGAAAUUGACUUGAAACUUUCCCCCAAAAUUUCCACCCCUUUGUACGGAAGCGUAUUGCAUUCACUUGGAUUUAAAAUAACUCCUGUUCUUCUGAGUAAUUUUUUUGAUGGGUUUGUUUUUUGAUUUUUUUUUUUCUGUUUUCUGACAAUUUUUCUUCCACCUGUUUUUCUGACUAUUUUUUUUCUGCUUUUCGGACAAAUUUUUUUCCACCUGUUUUUCUGAUUAAUUUUUUCUGAGUUACCGGGACACAUCGAACUCACGUGAGAACCUGCAAACUGCAAGUGACUCUUUGCGGACUCCGUAGUAAGCAACAUGACCGGCUUAUUUAGUUUGAUCAAGUUUUAUUUUGAUAUGGGUUUAAGACACUGGGAGAUACUCCUGUCUUUGAGUCACAUAGAUGGUAUUGUUAUUAGUUUGUCGAUAUUACGCAGGCACAUGCUGACUUUGCGUUUGUUCAGGAGGAAAGCCCAUUCAGAUCAGGCUAGAUACAGCAGUUUGUCCAGAAUCAGUUGGACAGAUAUGGUAUGCUCUAUGGAUACAAGAUAAUGCAUUUAAAAUGCAUUCAGGCUGGCUACGUGGUGACUCAAGAGACGAUCAGGAGACUGAUGAAAAUACUGGAUCCACAUGGUGUGCAGCUGAGGCGCCGGAAUCGGCUUCGCCGGCGUAUGUACCACAAUCCGGUCCGAGCAGUAAACCGGCAUUAGUGAGUCCGCAAAGAGUCACUUGCAGUUCGCAGGUUCUCGCGUCAGAAAAAAAUUUGUCAGAAAAACAAACAAAUAUUCAAAAAAACAAAGCCCUCAAAAAAAUUACUCAGAAAAACAGGAGUUUUUUUUAAUCCAAGUGAAUGCAAUAGGCUUCCGUACCUUUGCAACAGUACCUGCAGUCAAGAAAAUCAGUGCACCUUGAAUGCAACUCAACCUAACCAUGAUGCAUUACAGCAACUCAGUUUCUUUUUAUUUCAGUCCAGUUCCCAAACUGUGUUAUUUUAUUUUUUUUACACUCAAGACACAGCCAUGCACAAUUCGAAGUUCAAAAAGUCUAUUGCUUCCACCACAAUUAAAAAUAGUUUAUCCAAAACCUCA